GGCUGUCGCCGUGGUAACGGCGUCCCGCGGACUCCGCCGAGGCUAGUGACACGUCCAUUGUUGUGGGAGAGGUGGAAGAGAUGCUUGCGGCCCGCGUUGCCAGGAGAACGUCAGGACUCACAGCAGCAAAAUGGGCCUUUCCCCGACGCCACUCCUCCUCUUCCUCGUCCCUGACCACAAAACCAAGGGCACCCCUAUCUGAUGGAUGUGGGGGCAACUGGUGUCGGGUGUCUCAGCCAGAACUUUGCAGGUGUCCCCUGAGGGACCCGUGGCGGAAUCGGCCCUGAGUUCGUCGGAUUCCGCCGAUGUCGUCAGGAGGCUGGUUGAAUGGAGCACAAGGUCAUAGUGAGGAAUGAGAGGCUCUUAAGAGUGGAAACUCACUGCUUUUCAGUUUACAAGGAACUGGACCAUGACUGCUUUCAGGAAGAUGGACGUCAUCAAUUUCACUGCCUUGCCAAUGGUGCCAGUGGAUGAGCACUUGGCUGUCUCACUCACUGCACAGAAUGAAGUGAAGGAUGCCAUGAGGAAGAACCUGGAGGACAGUCCACCCUCGUGCCUUAUUGGCUCCAUACACCAGGUGAACCAAAUGAUUGGUGAAAUAGAUCUGAGUCCCAAUCCGCUGGCGCACAGCCUGGCAAUUGAGACAUUUGAGGUGGAGAAGAAGGCUUUAAGAGAGAAAACUCGCAGCAACUCGGGAGACAGAGGAAAGAGUCAAAGUAAAUCGAAGUUUAUUUUCAGAGGCUCAGAUUCCAGGAAUGUGAAAUCUGUCAUUACCAAAAGGAAAACAGCAGAUAAAAGUCUGCUGGCAGAGCUGUACCAGUAUACACACUUUGACACCUCUAGGCCAAACAGGCUUCCGAAUGGGGUGAGCUUCUCUGACAUGGUGAGCAAUGUGGUGCAGGCCGAGAGAAACCCCCUUAGUGGCAAGUCUUUCUGUUCAGAUCGAGAAUUCGAGAAGUUUCUCUUUUCUCCGUCUCUAAGAGCCAUAUGGCUGGAUAGCUUCUGGUGGAUCUUUCAUGAAAGGUACCAGCCGAAGAAGGAGAUCCAGAGCAAGCUGUUUGACCGGAUAGCCCAGCACUAUGCCUUUCUUUUGUUUCGUGAAUCCAGGUCCCACUAUGAAGAGGCUCUCUUAAAAAGGUUGCCAUCAAUUCUGAGUAAAGCCCUGUAUACCAGCUUCUGCUGCUGCUUCCCUCAGUCCUGGUUCAACACGCAUGAAUUCAAGUCUGACAUCUGUAACACGAUGAGCCUGUGGAUUUCAGGUACAUAUCCUUGCCCACAGAGCUACAGCAACUGGGACUACUCGAAACUGGAUCCAGAGAGGUUCCGGAGAGAAGAAUUAAUUUUGCAGAGAAAAAGACAGCUGAAGGGAAGAGCGUUCUUUUCUCUCGCUUCUAGGAGCUAUUCCAGUGGGAAGUCCAUCCAGAGCAGGAAAAUCUGCUGCCCUCAGAAUUCUUCCACUGCAGGCAGGCUUUUCCACUCUCUUCACCCAGCAUCUCCCAUGGAAUGUCUUCAUCGAGAUAUUAGAAGCAGUCAAGAGGAAGGCCCUGGCCUUCCUACCAGAGGACAGCCUGCCCCAAUCUGCCGUCCCCGGUGCCUGUGGAGGAAGGGCCCUGCCCCCCACUUGUGCUCUGAACCUCGGCCGCUCGGCUUCCACUCCAGCACCUGUAGUAACCUUCACAAGACCAGCAGCAACCUUCGGCUCCCCCACUGCUCUGUCCUGUCACUGCUAAGCUAUCAGCAUGCCCAACCUGAGCAGGAGGGGGACCAGGUACCGGAAAGGUCUCCCUCCACAUGUUCCUUUGCUGAGAACGGUGAGAAACGCCUAGGAAAUUUUUGUAUUCUUCUCACUACCAAUUUUACUAAAUUUGUUCUUCUAUAUUUUUUUUCUCUCCUGGAGUCUUUGGAUAUAAAUUCAACCAAUAAGAGAAACUUUAUUGCCAAUAAGAAUUCAGCGGAUGGCUCACGAACACAGAAUGCCUCAAAAGAGCGUAAUCGUCAGACUCUGGUCUUGAGGAAAGCAACGCAAAGAGUCAAGCAGAUAUCAGCAGCGAGAGAGCAUGAGAAUAUGCUUCCUAAGCAGUCUUACCCUGCCUGCAAAAGCCCUGAAAUGACCUCAAACCUCUUCAACAUUUAUGGGAAGAGCCCGCUGAUUGUGUACUUCCUCCUGAACUAUGCCACUCUGCGGCAGCACGGCAAAGACGUGUUGAUGGUCAGGAGGGAAAAAAGCAAGACCAUCCCGGAGUCCACCCUGACGUACGCUGAGAUCAUCGAUCUGACCCUGAGCAACAUGAAGAAGCGGAGCAACAACCUCCACCAGCUGAACCGGCUUCACUGGAAUGAAUGGAAUUAUUUCGACAAGUACCUGAAGGAGCUGCAUGAAAACUUUCUCAGGGAGAUGAAGACUAUUGAUCAAAGAGCAAAAGAGAAAAAAAAGGCAAACCACAUGUUCAUCCAGCCUUCAACCUUCACUGAGGACUGCCCUGAAAAGAAAUCUAAAGAAGGACAAGGAGGAGAGGGAAGGAGAAUGGAAACAGAAGUUGAACUGCUUGAUGAAUUCUCUUCCCUGGAACUAGGAAGUCCCUACAAAAUCUUUGAUAUUUCUGCUACCAGCAAGGUCAACAGGAAGUCAAAACCAAUGCAGAAAAAGGAAGUAAUGUUCCUUAUCCUCUCACCUUGCAGCUUACCUGCGUGAAUUCUUGCCCAAGAAUCAGAACUUUUUGGAUGAAGGCUGCACAUAUUGGAUUUAA